UUGCUCUCAGCCAGUCUGGACGUUUCCUAAACGGAGCACAACUUCAAGCCAGGGAUGAAAAUAUCUGUACUGUCCAAGAAGCUGUGGUGCGUCCACAAACAGCUAAUCCUUGUGCUCACUCCGCUCGUGUUUCUGCCUUUACUUUUUACUCUACCGGAGAAGGAGGGAAAAUGUCUUUACGUGGUGGUGCUCAUGGCUAUGUUUUGGUGCACGGAGGCCCUCCCUCUUGCUGUCACAGCCAUGCUUCCAGUCUGCCUCUUCCCAACACUGGGAAUUCUUCCAGCCAAAAAAAUCUGCCCUCAGUACUUCAUCGAGACCAAUUUUCUCUUCCUCAGUGGUCUUGUGUUGGCAUCAUCGAUUGAGGAGUGGGGCCUGCAUCGCAGAAUAGCCCUAAAGGUCCUUAGUAUUGUUGGAGUAAAACCAGCCUGGCUCAUAUUGGGAAUGAUGCUGACCUCGUCCUUCCUGUCCAUGUGGCUCAGUAACACCGCCACAACAGCUAUGAUGCUCCCUAUCGCAAAUGCCAUCCUGGAGAGCCUGUUUGGUGAUCUGGAAACCCUAAAACAAAAGUGCAAGUCUGUCGAGGAUCACGAGAAUGCCGUAAUAAACGGUCAGUCUAGUGUAAAGCUGCAUUCACUGCCCUCGAUGCCAUCAGAAAAACAAAUAAUGGCAACAGAAGGGACUGAUACACCAGAACUGACGGACCCGAGGACAGCUGAGGAGAGCCGAGCAGAGGCGCAGUAUCAGCUCAAAGUCUGGAAGGGGUUUUUGAUUUGUAUCCCUUAUGCUGCCAGUAUCGGAGGAACCGCCACACUGACGGGCACAGCACCUAACCUUAUUCUGAUUGGACAGCUGAAAAGCUACUUUCCAGACUGUGAUCUUAUCAAUUUUGGCUCUUGGUUUGCAUUUGCUUUCCCACUCAUGCUCCUCUUCCUGUUUUUGGGAUGGCUAUGGAUUGCAUUUCUCUACGGAGGAUUGAAUACAAGAUUGUGCUUCACGAAACAAGACAGGAGAACCCAGGCAGAAGCCAGAGCCAAGGCACUGAUAAAGGAAGAUUACAGAAAACUAGGGCCCAUAAACUUUGCAGAGGGAGCCAUCUCUUUCUUUUUUGUACUGUUUGCCAUUCUCCUCUUCACAAGGGAUCCAAAGUUUGUAACCGGCUGGUCUGUGUUUUUUAAAAAAGGGUACGUUUCGGACGCAGUCACCGGUGUCAUCAUUGUGUCUAUAUUGUUCUUUUUUCCUUCACAAAAACCUUCUCUGAGAUGGUGGUCCGACCCUCAAGCUCUAAACACUCCUUAUGUGCCUCUCCUAUCAUGGAAAAAAGCCCAGGAGUCGGUUCCCUGGAAUAUCAUUAUGCUGCUUGGAGGCGGCUUCGCCAUGGCCAAAGCUUGUGAGGAGUCUGGACUCGCGUCCUGGAUGGGAGGCCACCUCCAGCCUUUGGCUCAAGUCCCUCCUGCUGCAGCUGUGAUGUUGAUCACUGCUUUCCUGGCUUGUUUCACUGAGUUUGCCAGUAACACUGCCACCAUUAUCAUAUUUUUACCUGUCAUUGCUGAACUGGCUAUUAAUGUCUCAGUGAACCCUCUGUACUUCAUGAUACCUGCCACAGUAGGAUGUUCAUACGCCUUCAUGCUGCCAGUGUCCACACCACCCAACUCAAUUGCCUUCGCAUCUGGACACCUUAUGGUGAAAGACAUGGUGAAAACUGGCUUUGUGAUGAACAUCCUGGGUAUCCUGUCAGUCACUCUGGCAAUGAAUACGUGGGGCAUUGCCAUGUUUAAUUUGAAUACUUACCCUGAAUGGGCUCUCCCAUUUAACAAGUCUGCUCUUGUGACCAAUGCGCACUUAUCUGUGGCUCAGUCGCUUAAUGCCACGUUGUGAUCACACACCAGAUUUUAGCAAGAAGUUAGUAUAGAAGAAGUGUCAGAAGAGUGAGCAGGGAGGAAAAAACUGAAGUAGAUACAGUUGUGAUCAGAAGUUUACAUGCACUCAUCGUGGGCAUGUAUGUCUCUGUAAUUUAGGGCCUUUAAUGAUUUCUUUGAAUUAGAGUUUUUAAUGGGUGGGAUGAUUACACAGCAUACAUUUUUAAUUUUUUUGGUCAUCCACUCAGGGUUAAAACUAUACAUAAAGAUUCACACAUAUACAUAUACCAGCACUAAUAUUGGGUUAAAUGUCUCUUUGGUAGCCAUCAACAAGCUUCUGGCAUAAUUUUGGCUGGAUACUCUUGCUCCAUGGGAAUUUCCCUAUAGACAGUGAGAUAAACUGAGAUAAACUUUUAGGUGAGAGACUGAAGACAUCUACUAAUGAGAGUGAAGAAUACUGUUGAUUGACAUAAAUAAAGUAGUGGGUCACCUAGGCAACCAGGACCUGAAAUGUCCACAAGCGACUAAGUGGCAACUUUAAAGCAAUGCACGACGAGUGAAUCACUUCCCGUUACUGAAUUCCUUAGUUUCCUGUUGUUUUGAGUAUUGCUUAAUUCAGUUAAUAUUGUUGAAUGACUUUUAUGGUGGCAAAGAGAAACUAACAAUUGUAAAUCAAUUACGAUCACAAAUGAGAACAAACCUUGACCUUGUCAAUUUAAGACACUGUAAAAGCUUCAGUACCACGCAUUAAAAGAUUAGAAAAGAUUUAAGUGAAUGUUUGUAUAUAGAUAGAUAAGCCCUUUAUUUGUCACUUGCAUAUGCAGUGCAAUUGGAGCCCUUCCGACCGUACAUACAUUUCACAUACAUCACAUUGGGAAGACGAGGAGAAAAAAGAACUCCACCAGACUGAGCUCCUACAGGAGGGCAGUUUGAGAACAGAAAAAAACACCUCAGCACAGAGAGCACAUGAACACACCAUACAACAUAAAGGACGUGCAUCGGAGGCAUUUGGAGGGGGAGGAGGUGAUUGUAUAUCUGUCUGUCUAUAUAUUUGAGCCUGUACGUAUACUUUUGACUUUAUGUGGAUCAGAGAAACUCCAACGUAAAUUCAAACUUAAGAUAAGAUAACCUUUAUUAGUUCCUUGUGCACCUAAUUCUGGUCGUUGUGUCCUUGGGCAAGACAUUUUACCUACCGCCUACUGGUGUUGGUGAGAGGGGCCGAUGGCACGAUAUGGCAGCCUCGCUUCUGUCAGUCUGCCCCAGGGCAGCUGUGGCUACAACUGUGGUUUGCCUCCACCAGUGUGUGAAUGAAUAGUGGAAUUGUAAAGCGCUUUGGGUGCCUAGAAAAGUGCUAUAUAAAUGCAAUCCAUUAUUAUUAUUAAAAAAGUCUAGUUCAAAGAAAUCAUUAUAAGCUCAAAAUUACCAUGACAUUCGUGCCCAUGAUGAGUGUAUAUAAAUUCCUCACUACAAUUGCAUCUGUACUGUCACAGCCAGAAAACACAUUGUUCCAGCUGUUAAUGAUGCUUUGAAAAUUUUCUCACAUAUAUUUGACUGUCUUUUUAGGGUCUCAAAGGUCUAGAUUUUAAGCUGUGAACAGAUUUGGUACAAAAGUGUUAAGUUUUAAAGAUGAUGAAGCAAUAUAUGAACUCAGUUAAUGAGAGUUGAUGUAUUGCUAAGUUUAAAAACUGCUGAAGUAUUUUACUCUCUGCUUUCUUAAAACUGAAUUAGAGCAACAUUUAACCUCAAACACAUGCUUUGAGCACUGAAGAGUGUUUUAUAUUUUUUAAAUAAUCAGUCAGACUGCAGAGUGUGCUGUUUGUAUCGUUACUACAGACUGACCUCUGCUGGAAGAAGGAAUGAGACUGUGAAUAACACUUUUUAAAGUAUAUAUUAUGGUUAAAAUCACUAAAAGAUUGUUACUUGUUUAUGUUUCACAUGGCACACUGCUAAAGCCAUACCACAUAAACAACAUUUUAAAUCAUUUCCUUUAUUAUAUUAUGAAUCUUGACUAAUGAAUGUGUAACUUUUGUUACAUGGUGAUCUGCACUCAUAUAUUGUGCUGUUAUAA